CGGCUUAUUUAUAAAACCCCCAAUCCAUUCCCUUUCCUCACAGCCUUCUUAAUUUCUGACUCUCACCCACUUCUCUUCCUAACUUUUCCUUCCUGUCCUUCUCUAAUCAAUUACCUCCACGGCUCCACACCCCCUCCCCCUCUUAAUUAAUUUCUUCCAUAUUAGUCCAUCUCCAUAUCGUAUUGCACGCACAAAUAGCCGGUGAUUAAAUUAGAGAAGCAAAUCAUGGAUCUCCUCCUCCUGGAGAAGACCCUCCUCGCCCUCUUCUUCGCCGCCGUGAUUGCCAUCACCGUUUCCAAGCUGCGGGGUAAGCGCUUCAAGCUGCCUCCUGGCCCCCUCCCUGUCCCCAUCUUCGGAAACUGGCUCCAGGUCGGGGAUGACCUCAACCACCGCAACCUCACCGACCUCGCCAAGAAGUUUGGCGACAUAUGCCUCCUCCGCAUGGGCCAGCGCAACCUCGUGGUCGUCUCCUCCCCUGACCUCGCCAAGGAUGUCCUCCACACCCAGGGGGUCGAGUUCGGUUCCCGCACUCGCAACGUCGUCUUUGACAUCUUCACCGGCAAGGGCCAGGACAUGGUGUUCACGGUUUAUGGGGAGCACUGGAGGAAGAUGAGGCGCAUCAUGACCGUCCCCUUCUUCACCAACAAGGUGGUCCAGCAAUACCGGUUUGGCUGGGAGGAGGAGGCCGCCCGGGUGGUCGAGGAUGUCCGGAAAAACCCGGACUCUGCCACCACGGGGAUCGUGCUGAGGAGGCGGCUGCAGCUGAUGAUGUACAACAACAUGUACCGCAUCAUGUUUGACCGCCGGUUCGAGAGCGAGGAUGACUCUCUCUUCGUCAAGCUCAAGGCACUCAACGGCGAGAGGAGCAGGCUCGCCCAGAGCUUUGAAUACAACUAUGGCGAUUUCAUCCCCAUCCUCAGGCCCUUCCUCAGGGGUUACCUCAGGAUUUGCAAGGAAGUCAAGGAGAGAAGGCUGCAGCUCUUCAAGGACUACUUCGUCGACGAGAGGAAGAAACUUGCGAGCACAAAGCGCAUGGACAACGAAGGCUUGAAGUGCGCGAUAGACCAUAUACUGGACGCUCAGCAAAAGGGGGAGAUUAACGAGGACAACGUCCUUUACAUCGUCGAGAACAUCAACGUAGCCGGAAGGAGGCCACGCAAGCCUGAAAUGUUUCUUGCCGAGUUAGGUCAGAGCUAUAGAGACAACGCUGUGGUCGAUAGAGUGGGGAAUAGCGGAGCUGGUGAACCACCCGGAGAUCCAGAGGAAGCUGAGGCAGGAGCUGGACACCGUCCUGGGGCCUGGAGUGCAGAUCACAGAGCCAGACACUCCCAAGCUGCCGUACCUGCAGGCUGUGAUCAAGGAGACGCUGAGGCUGCGCAUGGCCAUCCCGCUGCUUGUCCCCCACAUGAACCUCCACGAUGCCAAGCUCAGUGGCUAUGACAUCCCCGCUGAGAGCAAAAUCCUCGUCAAUGCGUGGUGGCUUGCCAACAACCCUGCUCACUGGAAGAACCCCGACCAGUUCCGCCCUGAGAGGUUCCUGGAGGAGGAGUCCAAGGUGGACGCCAAUGGUAACGACUUUCGUUACCUCCCCUUCGGCGUUGGGAGGAGAAGCUGCCCAGGCAUCAUCCUCGCUCUCCCCAUCCUUGGCAUCACCCUGGGACGGCUGGUCCAGAACUUCGAGUUGCUCCCCCCGCCGGAGCAGUCCAAGAUUGAUACCGCCGAGAAGGGAGGCCAGUUCAGCUUGCACAUACUGAAGCACUCCACCAUCGUCCUGAAGCCAAGAUCCUUCUAAAAAAAAAAUGACCGACUUCGAAUAAUAUCUAUCAGCCUGCAUGCGCUUCCUCAAUUCCCAACCGUUGAUCAGUACUUUAUAUAGUGGCCUAAUGUGGAUUUUGAGCCCAAAACCUUAUGAUACUGCGAUGAGAUGAUGAUGGUCACAUACGGUAACCCCAUCUCAAUAUGAUGAUGAUCGUUUCGUUGCACCCGCAUUGUUACUGUUACUUUACUCUCUGUUUGGAAUUGGUUGAAUUUUAUUUAACUUGUAAAUUUGCGAA